AUGCUCAACCUCCUCAAACGUAUCCCCCUCCCCUUGGCCCGCCCUUCACCUGCGGGGCAGAGGUGCUGCUCCUCCUGCCCCCCACCCUCGCGCGCACUCACCCCCUCCCUCCGACCGACCUCACCGUCAUUAGUCGCUUCGCUUUCACCACUUCGGAGCAAUGCGCUGUCGCCGCUCUCGCAACAACAAGGGCUCGGACAAGUGAGGGGCAUGAAAGUCAGGAGCAGUGUCAAGAAGUUCUGUGAUGGGUGUUUGGUUGUGAGGAGAAAGGGGAGAAUAUAUGUCAUUUGCUCGAAAAACCCAAAGCACAAGCAGAGACAAGGAUAG